AUGGCCUUAGAAAAGGCUGUGAAGGAGGAUGAAAAACGUGCAGAGAAACGAGAAAAGCUACUCCAAGAGAUGAGGAAUGCGACAAAGGAGGUGAAGACCACAAGUAAAAGAAAAAAGACUGAUGAGCAAAAGGGAGAACACAAUGGAACAGCCAAUGUAGGUGCAGAAACAGAUGACGAAAACAAGUCUUCGUUACAAGCUGUGCGAGAGGCAAAAGAAAAAAUUGCCCGGCUAGACAAGGAAGCCAAGAGAGCCGGAUCUGCAGGGAACACCACUGAGACAGGCAAACCCACCAAGAAGGACAAGAAGGAGAAGAAGGAGAAAAAAGAGAAGAAGGCAACACCACAGAGUGGGUCGACACCAGAUGCUGACAAGGUCUCAAAGAGCUCUGCCCCUGCCAAUGCAGAAGCCACCAAGUCCGAGCACAGCAAGAAAGACACGACGACAGAGGACAAUAGCACCGGAUCUGCACAUGGAUCCACGCCAGAGAAUGCCACCGAGAAAGGCAAGCAGCCAAAGGAAAAGAAGGACAAGAAGGAGAAGAAAGAGAAGAAGGCAACACCACAGGAGGAUGAGUCAACACCAGGUGGUGACAAGAUCUCAAAGAGCUCUGCCCCUGCCAAUGCAGAAGCCACCAAGUCCGAGCACAGCAAGAAAGACAAGACAACAGAAGACAAUAGCACCGGAUCUGCGCAUGGAUCCACGCCAGAGAAUGCCACCGAGAAAGGCAAACAGCCAAAGGAAAAGGACAAGAAGGAGAAGAAAGAGAAGAAGGCAACACCACAGGAGGAUGAGUCAACAGCAGAUGCUGACAAGGUCUCGAAGAGCUCUGCGCCUGCCAAUGCAGAAGCCACCAAGUCCGAGCACAGCAAGAAAGACAAGACGACAGAAGACAAUAGCACCGGAUCUGCGCAUGGAUCCACGCCAGAGAAUGCCACCGAGAAAGGUAAGCAGCCAAAGGAAAAGAAGGACAAGAAGGAGAAGAAAGAGAAGAAGGCAACACCACAGGAGGGCGAGUCAACACCAGGCGGUGACAAGGUCUCAAAGAGCUCUGCCCCUGCCAAUGCAGAAGCCACCAAGUCCGAGCACAGCAAGAAAGACACGACGACAGAAGACAAUAGCACCGGAUCUGCACAUGGAUCCACGCCAGAGAAUGCCACCGAGAAAGGCAAGCAGCCAAAGGAAAAGAAGGACAAGAAGGAGAAAAAAGAGAAGAAGGCAACACCACAGGAGGAUGAGUCAACACCAGGUGCUGACAAGAUCUCGAAGAGCUCUGCGCCUGCCAUUGCAGAAGCCACCAAGUCCGAGCACAGCAAGAAAGACACGACGACAGAGGGCAAUAGCACCGGAUCUGCACAUGGAUCCACGCCAGAGAAUGCCACCGAGAAAAGCAAGCAGCCAAAGGAAAAGAAGGACAAGAAGGAGAAAAAAGAGAAGAAGGCAACACCACAGGAGGGCGAGUCAACACCAGGUGGUGACAAGGUCUCGAAGAGCUCUGCACCUGCCAUUGCAGAAGCCACCAAGUCCGAGCACAGCAAGAAAGACAAGACGACAGAAGACAAUAGCAUCGGAUCUGCACAUGGAUCCACGCCAGAGAAUGCCACCGAGAAAGGCAAGCAGCCAAAGGAAAAGAAGGACAAGAAGGAGAAAAAAGAGAAGAAGAGCAAGGAUGAUGAGCCAACACCAGAUGCUGGCAAUGUCUCAGACCAGCAUUCCACAGAGAAACCAACGAGUGCCACUUGCUCAACUUUGUGCCUGCUUGACCAAGCCAGACCACUGAAGGUUCAGAAGCCCAAAGAUGAUUCGAAGAAGCGAAAGAGUGCCCAUGAAGGUGCAGACAAUGAGAGAUGUCAAAAGAAAGUGCACACUGAACAACAGAAUGACACGAAGAAAAGGUCACCAUCGCCAUGCCACACUGAGAGAUCGGAAGUCAAGAAGCACAAGCAGAAGGAUGAUGUGAAGGACCUCCAAAAGUCCCAAAGUCAGGACAUGCUGCUGGAACGACAGUCGACUUUGGCCAGCAUUGAUGGACUGCUGCUGGAAUCACCCUUGACUGGGUCUGCUAGCCCACACUCGUCAUCGUCACCACCGACGACUGAGAAGAAGGAACGCAAAAAAGUUCUCACGGAGGAGGAGAAGGCCAAAAUUCAGGAAAGAAAACGCCAAUGCGCGGCAAUGCGAAGAGCAAUCUACAAAGAUGCCAAGCCCGAGCUAGUGGCUAAAUUUAGCCUAGCCAAUGACAAGGAGAGGUUUCAAAUGUUGAAAUCUUGGGUGCAAAACCAAGACGUGGGCGAGAUCGACAUAGAAGAAAAGUAUGUGACGUUUGUGCGCACUCUGCGCACUGACCGCUACACGACUGUGACGAUUUUUCAACUUGAAAAAAUCUAUGGUAAGGGGCAGGAGGCAAAGGCCUUCAUCCAAGAGUUGUGCCAGGGUCAGGCUGGUGUACCUCACCCCCAGGCACCCAACGUGAAAAAGGCGAGGAUGUACAAGGUCUUACGAGAAGUGGUAGAGGAAAACCAGAGUGGAACUUCAGCUGAGACCUCUGCUUCCCUUUCGGGUCGAGUUCGUGAUGGAGGAGCAAAACAGCUGCUGGCAAAGCAGCUGCAGGGCCUGAACUCUUCCACUCCCGAAUUCAUGAACCUUACUACUGGACAGAUAAGGUGUAAAAAACCAAAGAAGGAGAAGUCCCCAGUUGAUGAAGCAAUCGCCGAGAUAAAAAAGAUAUCCAAAAAGUGGAAUCAGGUGGUGAAUGAGCUCCCCAAGAUGAUCAAGGACCUAAAGGACUACAACGUGCGUGAUUGCGUUGAAGUGCCUGCUGCUACCGGGUGGCAGCGGGUGGAAACUUACUUGGGGGCUCCAGCCUCUGAAGUUGACCCUAUGGAUUUCCAAGCCAAGCUGGAAUGUGAAAAGAAUGAAAUUGCGGUUAUUAUGGGUGACAUCAGUGACGCUAAGCGUCGUCUGUCAGCUGCCAAGGGCCCAAAAAAGGGCAAAGGAAGGGCAGCCAAGAAGGCUGAUCCAUCCAGUGAUGAAGCAGAAAGUGUGGAAGACUAAGGUGGAAC